AUGGACGAACCCAACCAAGACUUUGGCAAAAAAGCCCAAGAGUUUCAUGACAACUUCACCUUGACGACUGGUCAAGAUGAUGCCAACAUCGAUCCUUUACUCAACGACUGCCCUCCCGAUGGCUCUGUGCCCCCAGACGUUAGCAAUCCCAUGGAUUCCCAUCUCUUCAUGACUUCUGGCAUGUGGAACCCUGCAAUCAACAACCCAGUUGGCUUCUACCCUCCCGGCAUGUCGGGCAUGGCACCUACCACCUUGACCACCAACCCAUUACAGCCCAACAGCCCAAUACAACCCCUCGACACACAAUCUUCACCCAGGACGCCGUCGAGCGAACCUCUGUUUGGGACAUCCCGUACUUCGAGCAAAUCUUCUGUUCCUUCUUUUAAUUCCGCCGAUGCCGACGCCAAACCCCGGCGUAGCAGCAGGCCAACAACCAAAGCUCAACCUCAACCGGCAGCUGUUGAGGCCAAACCACCGCGUCGACGAAGAGCUUCCAAGGCACCAUCCAUUAAGGAAGAGGUGGAAGAUGAAGAAGACGAAGAAGAUGCCGGGCUUGACGAGUCAGACAAGCGUAACAAGUUCCUGAAACGUAACAGGAUUGCGGCGUCCAAGUGUCGACAGAAGAAGAAGGAAUGGGUCAGCAGUCUAGAAGAUACACGAUACGGCUUGGAACAUGAGAACAACGUUCUUCACAAGCAGUAUAAUGGUCUUGUCGACGAGCUGAGCACCAUAAAGAAUCAACUGAUGCAGCACGCGUCCUGCAACGAUGCCAACAUCAACCAGUGGUUAGACAACGAGGCUAGGAAGUUUGUCCAACGCAUUGCAUCCCAGAACCAAGCGCAGGUACAAGCACAAACUCGACCGCAUCAGAACACUGGUGACUGCUGCGACAAGCAUCGUCGUAGUUCAAGUGUUGCAACUUCCAUCCCUCGAUCAAUAGAGUCCGAGAUCAACUACGACCACAUGCCGGACAGCAUGAUUCAGUCGGGACCUUGA